AUGUUAUCAUUUCAUUCAAGAAAUAAUCAUAUUAAUAUACCAAUUAGUAAGAUUAAAUCUCAAUCCUCUACCAUUAAAUCAUCAUUAUCAUCUACAUGUACAGUAUCUGCAAAUAUAUUACACAUGUUAUAUGAAGAAUUAAAAAAUAAUAAACCAAAUUAUUUAUCAUCGAAAAUUGAUUUAAAAUCAAUUCCAAAUACAAUACGUUGUAAAGAUAAUAAAUUAUUAGAACAAAAAGUGUUAGAUUUAAAUCAUGAUCGUACAGUUUUACGAUUUUCUGCACUUGCUCAUCGUCGUAGUAGUGCACCAAUUACAGAACAUUAA